AUGAUUAGUAUGGGAAACAAAAGAGGAAUAGAAGCCUCAAUGGGUUUCUUAUUUACUACUAGUGUUCUUAUAGCAGUAAUACUUUCUUUGAGUUUUCCAUUUCCUGUGGAGGCACAACUCGAUUAUAAGCCCCUUCACAAACCACCACCUCCUGGAAAAAUUAAGCCCAAGUCCCCUCCACCACCAAAGAAGAAGCCGCUAUAUAUGCCUCCUCCACCACCAAAGAAGCCAACUUAUGUACAUGUAAAACCUCCGGAAAAAGCUCCACCACCUCAUAAACCAUAUCAUGUUCCUCGGACGCCGAAGACACCGGUGAAACCGCCACCACUACCACCAAGAGGCCCCAAACCUACACCAAAGCCGAAACCUACUCCAAAGCCGAAACCUCCAACAAUGUCAGAACCUACACCAAAGCCAAAACGUCCAACAAUGGCGAAGCCUAAACCAAAGCAGAAACCUACACCAAAGCCGAAACCUCCAGUAAUGCCGAAACCUACACCAAAGCCAAAACCUCCAACAAUGCCAAAACCUACACCAAAGCCAAAACCUAUAUCAAAGCCAAAACCUCCAACAAUGCCAAAACCUGCACCAAAGCGGAAACCUCGACCACAAAAGAAGAAAUCUCCUCCAAAUAACUAA